UAAUUCCCAAAUUUUUUUCAUUUCCCGCUUCUCUUCUCCUUCCUCUUCUCUGGUUUCCCUAAAACCUACUCUCACCUCUGGUAUUUCAUUUCUGAUAUCACCUUCCCCUCUCUGAUUUCUCUUCUCUUCCCCUCUCCGGUUCUCUAGGCAGGAAAUCAAUACUAACAGCACACACCGCACUCCCCACCGCCGCGUCGCCGUUGCUGCUCCCCAUCCCCGCGUCGCCAUUGCUUCUCCCCACCGCCGCGUCGCUGUUGCUUCUCCCCACCAGCGUUGCCGUUACUUCUCUCCACCGCCGCGUCGCCACUGCUUUUCCCCCACCGCAGAAUACGUCCUCUUUCUUCCGCCGCCGCAACACAAAGGCGUCGCUCCUCCUUAUCUCAUAUAGUAUUGUUGAAGAAAUUUUCUGAAAUGCUCGACUUUCCGAGUUCAUCUUCUUUUGUUUGGUUGGAUGGUUCUGUUAAAUUUCUGGAGGCAAUGGGGAGUUUAUUUGCAUCAACUAGUUCUGUCGCAGCUAGAAAUACCUACACCAAACUGGUAGAGUUGCACAUGAAAGCUAUAGGAAAAUGUAUUUCUUUACAAGGAAAAGGAUCUAGGCUGGCUUCUCAUAUUGGAUCAAUUGCCAAGAUAUGUACUGAAGGACGAGAUUAUGAAACAACUGGCCGUGACCCUUUCUAUUGCUUAGACUAUCUCAAGACAAGGUUAAGGAUAUCUUUCAAAUCUCUCAUUGAGAAAUCAUCAGAACCACUACUAUCACCUGUUUUGCAAGCUCUUGAAAGAGCACUAGUCGGUCUACGAGAAGGCUUUCCAAUGAUCUAUGAGGUUACGAAAGAAGGUACUGCUGGAGGUACAGAUUCUGCGAUUGUUGCCGGCGCUGUUGAUUGCUUGGACUUGCUUCUUGAAUUCUAUAAAGAAGGAGAGAUUGGGCAGAUAUGGUGUCAAAAUCGUGCGUCGUCCGACUCGAAUGGCUGACAAACCUCCUCCUAUUUACAAAGAGGUAUUCAAUAGUCCGAGGGAGCGGCCUUUCACCCUUGAGGAGAUAGAUGAAGUUCGAGAAAUGUUGGCAAACUCCAUUACUAGUGAUUGUCUUUGAUAUUUUCUUGUACUGAAUCUUAAAUUAUGGAUGCUAGUUUUUCAUAUAAUUGUAAUGUAAACGACUUUUAUAUUUACAAUUAUAUACUAUUUAAUUUAAUUAUCUAUAUAAUUGGAUAGUUUUUAUAUGA